GCUGAGAUUUGGUUCUCAGACAGCCGAAAAAAAAACCCCCAAAAUAUUUCCUUCGAGUGGGCACGUUCAGUUCUAAAACCCUACUGACCCCUGACCCCGCAACAAAAAAGUGCUAAAACCCUUCGGGCAGAGUCAGAGAACAACUCAAUCGGCAUCGGUACCAGAAGCUCCUGCAAAAUCUCGCCGAGUAUUGGUCCCAUGCUUGAUGUUCGUCAAAAGCCCAAGGUAAUACUUCGUACAGAGACUCCAUAUUUAUUUGUGUUAACCUGAAAAUCUGGGCGUUUUAGGCACAUAUAGUAAUUACUAGGUUGGAAUCUCUUCAAAUUUGUCAUGACCCAUUUGCAGAAACUCAGAUUAGCAUCUGUUCGCAAAUGGGUUUCGUUGAAUUGUUGCGAAAACCGUGUUAGAUCACCUCUAAUCCCAUUUCAGCCAAUUGGGUAUUUCUGCAAUGCCCCAACCUUUAGAACGUACAGUACCAAUGGAGCUUCUGCAAAUGAGAAUUCCAAAAGUUCGGAUAAAACUUCGAGUGGUAAGGGAGGAAAUGCUGUUCGAAUUUCUUAUUCCAUUCGAAAAGAAGCGGAAGCUGCAUUGUUGGAUUAUUUGCAUGGUACUAGAGGGUUGCAGUUCACGGAUGCAGAGAAUAUGAGUAAAAACUCGCCUCGCUUUCUCGACAAGCUUCUGAGACAGGUUGAUAUUGAAAAAGAAAUUCUUGCAAAGAAGAAUAAUCAGAAAGAUAUUGGGCGGGCAAUUGCGCGGUUCUUGCGGUACCAUCCUAUUAACGAAUUUGAGCCUUUCUUUGAGAGUUUGGGUUUGAAUCCUUCUGAGUAUUCUCCGCUUCUUCCACGCAGUUUGACGUUUUUGACUGAUGAUAAGUUAUUAGUGCACAAUUAUACUGUACUAUGUGAUUAUGGAAUUGCACGCAGUAAGAUAGGAAAGAUUUACAAGGAAUGGACAGAAGUCUUUCAAUAUGACUUUGAGGUUUUAACAUCGAAACUUAAAGCUUAUCAAGAACUAGGUCUUAGCCAAUCUACUUUUGGUAAGUUUAUAGUUGCUACUCCUUGUCUUUUAAUUGGGGAUGUAAAUGUUGAAUUUGUUAAGGUUUUGGAAAAAUUGCAGAGUUUUGGAUUUAAAACCAUUUGGAUUGAAGGUAAUUUGUCAGCAGAUAGUUCUCAUAAUUGGAGCCGGAUGCUUGAAGUUCUUAGUUUGUUUAGUGAGAUGGGUUGCAGUACCGAACGGUUGGGUCAAUUGAUUGGUCAGCACCCAGAUAUUUUGUUUGAUGGUUCUGGUGAAAAAACGCUUUCACUAAUUGGGUUCUUACUGAAAUUUGGAUCCACAAAAAGCCAGCUGUGUUCAAUAUUUCUGCAAUUUCCACAGAUUCCAGUUGUGAAAUUUGUUUCAAAUUUAAGACAAUGCAUUUUGUUCCUGAAUGAGAUUGACAUGAAUGUUGCAGAGAUUGGGAAGAUUGUCCAUUCCCACCCCCUGCUUCUCGGUUCUUGUUCUUUGAAAAAAACCGUCAGUUUACUCUCAAACUUGAACGCUGGGAAGAAAAGAUUGUGUACAUGCAUCCAGAAGAACCCACAAGUAUUGAAGAAUUGGGUUUUGGGUAAAAGAGUUGAGCGAAUUCCAGACUCGGGAGACGACCUUAGAUCAAAGAUACAAAAGAUUAAGUUUUUGUUGGAUGCAGGAUUUGUAGACAACUCAGACAAUAUUAAAGAAGCACUGAAAGCAUUUCGCGGCAAGGGAAUGGAGCUUCAGGAAAGAUUUGAUUGUAUUGUUAAAGCUGGUUUAAGUCCAGAGGAUGUCUGUACAAUGAUUAAAAUAAGCCCUCAAAUUCUUAACCAGACAAAGGAUAUCAUUGAAGAGAAGAUUGAUUUUCUUGUAAAUCAAUUGGUUUACCCCAUUUCGACUUUGGUGACCUUCCCAAGAUAUCUUUCCUAUAAGAUUGAAAGGGUCCAGCUUAGGACAUUGAUGUACAAUUGGCUCAAGGAUCAUGGAACAGCUGAUCCUCGGCUUAACCUUAGCACUAUUAUUUCUUGCUCAGAUAAAUGUUUUGUUAGUUCUUAUGUAAAUCGUCAUCCUAGUGGUCCUCAAGUGUGGGAGGAUUUGAAGAAUGAAAUUUAUUCCAAGAAUUAAGCUAUUUAUUGCCUCUA